AGUCCCUCUGUCCCUCUGUCCCUCUGUCCCUCUGUCCCUCCACUGUCCCUGUACCAUGGGGCCUGCCUCAGGUCCCAGCCUACUGCUGCUGCUGCUGAGCAGUCUCCCCCUGGUCCUGGGGGACCCCAUGUUCUCCAUAAUCACCCCCAACAUCCUGCGGCUGGAGAAUGAGGAGACGGUGGUGCUGGAGGCCCACGGUGGGACAGGUAACAUUCCUGUCAAGGUUACGGUACACGACUUCCCAGGCAAGAAGCAGGUGCUGUCCAGCGAGGACACCAUUCUGAACAGCGCCAAUGGCUACCUGAGCACCGUCACCAUCAAGGUGGGUGCACACUGGAGUCGCCCGUGGGUGCCCCGCCCCCUAUGGGUCUUCUCCCCAUUCCAGAGCCUCACCUAUGAGCCCUGCCCCUUCCUCAGCCCUUUAUGA